ACAGACCGCCAGUCUGUGAAAACAGCUUUUCCUCUGAGCAGAGCAGGAGCUCCAGUCAGGUCCGGGUCUCCUCAAACCUGCCGCGGACUAAAGACGCGUCCACAGAGACAGACUGUGAGUUUUUCCACGGUAAGACUUCACAUCUUCCGCAGACACACAGAGCAGAGGACGCCUCAGCUGUGAUGGACGCGCUGUCACCUAGAGACCGCGAGGUCCUUUCAUCAAACAGUUCUGUGAGCGAAAACGAUGAGGAGCUGAAUGAAAAACGGCUCAAAACCAACAAAAGAAAACAAAGUCAGGGGGAGGACUGUUGCAGAAUGUGCGGGAGGUUUUCCCCCCAAAUCGAAACUGGGAAAAAAGUGAAAAAACAGGACAAAACUAGCAAAAACCAAACUGCAGGACAGAGCUGUUGCAGAGUUUGUGGGAAGUUUUUCCGAUACAAACGCUCUUUUCUGAAACACGUCAUUUCGCACGAGCAGAGCUCGGAUCUGUGCGGCGCCUGCGGGAAAAAACUGGACUCGGACGAGAACUUGAAGGCGCAUUUAGAAACGCACAACGAGGAAAACAGCUGCAGGGAUCAAACGGAGGAGAGACCGUCGGAGAGCUCUGAUGCUGAGAGUAAAGCGGGCGACUCUGAUGAGGAGUGGAAGGACAGCGAGGGGAGCGACAGUGAGGACAGCGAGAAAGUCCAAAAGUCCAAAACAAAAGUAUCAAACAAAACUAAAAACAAGGAGUUAUCGCAUCUGAAGUACAGCUGUAAAAUCUGCGGCAAAUCCUUCUGCUACAGAGCCUCGUUUUUGAAGCAUGUGCUAGAAGACGAGAGGGAUACGGACGUUUGUGGCGUUUGCGGGAAACGUUUCGAGUCCGAGGACGAUUUGAGGCUUCACUUGCAAACUUACAUCCGCACGAACGACUGCGAAGUUUGCGGCAAACACUUCGACGCCCACAAACAGCUGGAGAUGCACAUGAGGACUCACACAGGAGAGAAACCGUACAUCUGCACCGUUUGCGGCAAGGCGUUCGCCCAAAACGGAAACCUCAUGGGACACAUGAGAGGACACACGGGAGAGAGGCCGUACGUCUGCAGCGUGUGCGGUCAGAGCUUCGGCUUUAAGGAGUACAUGACGGCUCACAUGAGGAUCCACACGGGAGAGAAGCCGUUUCUCUGCAGCGUCUGCGGGAAAGGCUUCCGGCAGAGGGGGACGCUGAAAACGCACAUGAUGAUCCACACGGGAGAGUCCACGCACAGAUGCGGCGUGUGCGACAAGAAGUUCUACAAGAGCGGAGCGCUGAAGAUCCACAUGAGGUCGCACACAGGAGAGAAGCCGUACCUGUGCAACGUUUGCGGGAAAAGCUUCUCGGCGAGCGGCUCGCUGACCAAACACAUGGGCGUCCACGAGGGGGAGCGGACGCACGUCUGCAGCGUCUGCGGGAAAGGAUUCCUGAGGAAGGAGGACCUGAAAAGACACGCUCAGACUCACGAGGACGAGUCCACGCAGCUGAUGAGUCUUUAACGCCUGUUAAAGGAACAGUUCAACAUUUUGGGAAGCAUGCUUACUUACUUUCUUUCCAAGAGAACGACAAGGCAAUUAGUCGACUCACCGAAAAUUGAUCUUUUUCUACUUCGAUAAUCAAAAAAUCUUAAUAAUUUUUCAAGCAAAGAUAAACAUUGCAAGUUCCAGCUGCUGUUUUUAGGUUUUAUGAAAAAGUUAAUUAAGAUUUGGCCCAAAAAUGAAAAAUGUGAACUUUAGAAAAUGGGCAGUUUGCAUUAUUUUCUAAUGUUUGCUGCGGUAUAUUUAUGGGAACUGCCAAUUUUGCCAAAUUCUGAUGCCCCGUACGUCCAACAAAUGUCCAGUUGGACCAGAAGCACAUUUCUCAAACAGCGUGUUAUCCAUAAAACAAACGCCCAGCGCUCCGAAGGUCCCGUUCCUCCAAAAAUAGACGACCCAGUCACCGAAAAAGUUUCAAGAUCUGCCAUCGGCCAAAAUGUUCAACUCAAAGGUUAAAAUUGGGAGUCCAUCACGGUGGCGACGUAGGAUGUAAAACAUUGACUUUAACGAGAGCUUGACCGAGAUGCUUUUUAAAACUUAAUGCUUCUACAUUUUUGCAUGAAGCAAAUUAACCCUUUGUAAGCUGGGCAAAUUGACUUACUUUAUUUCAAGAAGGCAAUGAGCUGUUGAUGACCCAGAGAUUGGCAAGAAAUUAAAUUUCAUUAAAAAAAUAAAAAGUACAACC